AUGACCAACGAAACGUACUCGAUGUGGGUAGAUGGAAAGGAGGUGUCAGGAGAUGUCGACAAUGCUGUGCAGACGGCACAAAAAGCGUUCAAAUCGGGCAUCUGGUCCAAAGCUCCACGUCACGUGCGCGCGGAUACGCUCGACCGUAUCGCAGAACUCUUGGUCAAGAAUCUGCCACGUCUCAUCGAGUUGGAGGUGCGCCAGACUGGUCGAGCGGUUCGCGAGAUGAAUGCACAGGUUCCGACCCUGGUGAAAUGGUUCAAGUACUAUGCCGCGCUGAUCAGGACCGAGGAGAGAUCAGUUCUGCCCACCAUGGGCAGGCUGCACAACUGGGUCGACCGGGUACCACUCGGAGUUGUUGCUCAAAUCACGCCUUUCAAUCAUCCACUUCUCAUAGCGGUAAAGAAGAUUGCACCAGCAUUAGCAGGGGGUAAUUCGAUUGUUCUCAAGCCAAGCGAGCUGACGCCGUUGACGAGCAUCGAAUUGGGCAAACUCAUGAAGGAAGCGGGUUUACCUGAUGGAGUUUUCAAUGUUCUGCCUGGAGAUGGGCUCACGACUGGAAAGGCACUUGUCGAGCAUCCGCUCAUUAAAAAGGUUGAUGUUACUGGAGGGACACCCGCAGGACGAGCCAUCGGCGCCAUUGCAGGCCGUAACCUGGCGCACUAUACUGCUGAGCUUGGCGGAAAAGCACCACUGAUCGUGUUCGAAAAGGCUCAUCUGGAUCUUGCCGUCAAUGGUAUUGUAUUUGGCAGUUUCAUCGCCAGUGGCCAAACCUGUGUGGCUGCAACGCGCAUCAUUGUUCAGAACAGUAUAAUCGACAAGGUUGUAGAAAAGCUUAAGGACAAGGCACAAAGUAUAGAACGGAGGAUAGGAUCGCCUAAGAACGUAGAGUCGAUGAUGGGACCUCUUAUAUCCGGAAAACAGCUUGGAAACGUAUCUACGCUUGUGAAAGACGCCAUCGAUGCCGGCGUUACGGUGGUUACUGGUGGCCAACGGAUGAGCGGAACUGCGGCUUUGGACGGUACCGAAUUUGCCAAAGGCUACUUUUACGCCCCCACCAUUCUCACUGACAGCCAGACGAAGAAGAUAGUUGAUACGCGAAUUUGGAACGAAGAAGCAUUCGGUCCAGUCAUCGUAGUGGUCGGCUUUGACACGGAGGAGGAGGCGCUAAACUUUGCAAACGACAGCGAGUUCGGACUUGGCGCAGCGAUCUGGACCCAGGAUCUAUCGCAGGCAUUCAGAGUGUCAGAGAGUGUCGAGAGCGGCAUCUGCUGGGUCAACACUCAUCAUCGCAACGACCCCAGCUCUCCAUGGGGAGGAAUCAAGAGCUCUGGUGUCGGAAGUGAGAACGGAAUUGAUGCAUACAACGCCUACACGACAACGAAGAGUACCAUCAUCAACUAUGCUACUGCCGAAGAUGGUCUCGCAAGUGACGACUGGUUUAGAGAGGAAGGUGGCGAUGUCAGAUACGGGUAG